CAUCCUCUUCACUCACCUUCCUUUUUCCGCACACAAACCCAAAUCUGUUACCAAUCCUGUUCCUGUUCUUCUUCGUUCCUUCUACCUAUAUCCAUUCCCACUCGUGGGGUUUCCCUCCUCACUCUUCCCUCUUCUUUUCUCUCCCUUCGCUUCACAGAUUCCUGAACCAACAACAACAACAACAUCAACCGCGAGCUUGAAAUUUAGGCUCUGGGAUAGCCUUUUUUUUUUGACUUUUUUUUUUUUUUUGUGAAGAAGAGGGUGUGAGGGAGAAGGGGGAGAAUGUCGAAGAAGAAAGUUAGUGGUAACACCAUGACGCUCAAGGAUUUCCAUGGUGGUUCUAUACCCUCUGAUCUCCCUCUCCCUUCUGCUCCCGGCAUAACUGUGAGGACCUCCGAUCGUUCUGGUUAUGAUCGACCUUCAGCAUGGGGAUCCCCUAUGAGCCGGUCUGAUCAUUGGUCUCGGCCGCACACAUCGCCGGCAACUAGGCAUUAUGACGAUAAAAGCCCGUUUCUCUCACACACUGCCCCAAUUGGCAGGAAUUUUGAUGAGGAUGAGAGAAAGCCUCUUGAUGGUAUUUCGGUCCCAAGGAGAACAAUUAGUGAUGAGAGCAUUCGUGCUCCGCCCUCUCGUGUUGAGGUGAAGCCUGAGUAUGGAUUGGGAGGGAGUUCAUUGGGCAGGCAAGUGGCUCCGGUGUCUCAGACUCCUGUUGGAGCGGUUAAUUCAUACUCGGUGAGGAUUACCGAGACGGUUCAUGUGGGGAUGAAUUCUCAGAGUUUAGGAGGUAGUAAGGAGCAAGGAACUGCUGGUGGUAGUGGGGGUGGUGGUUAUCCAAAUGUAUGGUCAAUGAGGAAGGAGGUGACAAGUGCUGCUGAGCCAGAGCAAUCUGCUUGGUCUGGUGCUAAUGCUGUUUCAAAGUUGGCUCAUGCAAGUGCUCUUGAGAAGGUUUCUUCUGGUAGAUGGCAGUCAAAGGCUGUCCAAUAUCAGACAGAUGCCGAGGUGGUUAGAUCUUCUAAAGUGGAGAGUAGACCAAGUGCCAAUGUUAAUGGCAAUAGUGCUUACAAUAGGAUGGAUACAGUGAAUGAAAAGGAAGAUUAUGAUGCAAUGCUAGCAAGACAUGCUGAAAGGGGUUUGGGUAUUGAUAACCAGAUGCAAGGUGGUAGGAAUGAGUUACUGGAUUAUGAAAGGUCUGGGAUUCCCAAGUAUUCAGAAGUACGACCAAGAAGUGUGCCUUAUCACUCAGAUGGGGUUCAGCUGGCUCGAAAUGAUGGCAAGCUUGUUGGGUCCGAAUUGCAGCCCCCUAUGCCUUCUGAACCAACCGAGCGACCUAAACUGAAGUUGCUUCCAAGGGAAAAGCCACUGGAAAGUUCAGAACCUUCUGUUAUGGAAUAUGCACAGGUGCAUGGCCAUUCCAAUUUUGUGAAGCCUGUCUCAGCUGGAACUGAGAGCGGGAAGGAUUUAGGACAGCGCCCGAAGCUGAAUUUGAAGCCUCGGUCUCAGCCCCUUGAGCAGUUGGAAGGAAACACUGAAAGAGAGAGGAAUGCUUUAUUUGGUGGAGCUCGCCCUCGAGAACUAGUAUUGAAGGAGCGAGGGAUUGAUGAUGUUGCAAUCAACAAUUAUGAUGUGGUUGAGCAUUCAAAUAAGGUUGAACAUAAUAUUUCAAGGGUCGAGAAACUUCCUGAUCAUUCAAUCCAGCCUCGACAUGGUGAAAAAACUGAGGAUGCUCUUCUUGAUCAAAGGGCAGGUAGAAAACCUGAAAGGAAGGAGCAAAGGGUAGAUGCUGAGAGAGUUCAUGCACAGAGGAGGAAUUGGCGCGGUGGUGAUAAUAGGAGAAACGUGAGGGAGAUUGAUAGGCAGCAGGUGGUCUCUGAGAGGCAAACUUCACCUGAGACAUGGCGUAAGCCUGUGGAGCAGCCAAAAUCAUCUGUGGAUGCUGUAGGCACACGCUAUGGUAGAGCAGCUUCAGCAGUUGAACUUGCACAAGCAUUCUCCAAAUCUGUAUCAGAACCAAAAGUAAAUGAUAGGUUUUCAGGUCAAAGGGGUCUGAACACUGGCCGGACACAAAUGCCUUUUUCACGGCUUGUUGGUCCUACACCAAGGCCUCAGAUCAAUGGUUAUUGAUUCUUGAUGAUAUUGGUGGAAAUUUGGGGUUCAUUAGAGACCUGCUUCUUGGAGACAGCAUUGGUUUCAUGCAUACUGUGGAAUUGCAGUGCACUUUCAUUGAGUGGAUGUAUCUUUCAUUAUAUUCUCCUCAUUCAUAAACAUGGGUGAGAACUAGGAACCUUAAAUAGGUUGCCGAGUUACAGUGCAGUAUAUUACAUUCACCAUGUUUUGUUUGUUUUUCUUGCCCCAUAUCAUUUGCUACCAAAACACUUUUUUUGGUCUUUAUGGAGAAGGAGGAGAAAGAGCUGUUGCCCAACGAGGUCAUUGUAGCAUGAUUUAUAGGAUAAAAUUAUUAGUUUUAGUGUCCUCUUCUGGCAAAAAAAAUUAAUU